AUGGGGAUGAGCAAUAGCAGUGUCCAAGAAGACUUCAUUUUGGUGGGCUUCUCAGACCAGCCAAAACUCGAAAGCAUUCUCUUCAUAAUUGUUUUGGUAUCCUAUCUCCUUACUCUGCUGGGAAAUACAAUAAUUAUUCUGAUCUCCUCCAUAGACCUCAAACUGAAAACACCCAUGUACUUUUUUCUUACUCAUCUCUCCUUAGUUGACAUCUGUUUCACCACCAGUGUUGUCCCUCAGCUUCUAUGGAACCUAGGAGGACCAGCUAAGACCAUCACUUCCUUGGGCUGUGCUGUGCAGCUGUACGUCUCCCUGGCUCUGGGCUCCACAGAAUGUGUCCUCCUGGCUGUCAUGGCCUUUGACCGCCAUGCUGCUGUCUGCAGGCCUCUCCGCUAUGUAGCUGUGAUGAACCCACAGCUGUGCCGAACUCUAGCAGGGCUCUCGUGGCUAAGUGGAGCAGGAAAUGCUCUCAUCCAGGGUACUGUCACGCUCUGUCUGCCACGCUGUGGACACCAGUGGCUGCAGCAUUUCUUCUGUGAGGUCCCCUCCAUGAUCAAGCUUGCUUGUGUGGACAUCAGGGCCAAUGAGGUCCAGCUCUUUGUUGCUUCGCUGAUCUUGUUGCUCUUGCCCUUAGCACUGAUACUGACAUCCUAUGGACAGAUAGCCAAUGCAGUUAUGAGGAUCAAGUCAUCCCAGGCCUGGCACAGGGCCCUGGGUACGUGUGGACCUCACCUGAUGGUGGUAUCCCUCUUCUAUGGGAGCAUCACAGCUAUCUACAUCCAGCCCAAUAGUUCCUAUACCCGCACUCAUGGGAAAUUCAUCUCCCUCUUCUACACAGUCAUGACCCCAGCCCUCAAUCCCCUCAUCUAUACACUGAGGAAUAAGGAGGUAAAAGGAGCUCUGGGGAGGCUAUUUCACAGAGACCUGGGAGUGAACAAAUGA